CAGAUAAUCACUACAUAAACUUAACCUCAAUGGCUGCACUUUAGGAAGCUGCCGGCGUUUGCUGGAUCUGAUAUUUCUAUCGACAAACUGCAAUUGUCAUUAUGUCUGUUUACGGCGCUUUCCGAUAUGUUUAAAAAUAAAUCCAAAAUAACCAGUUUCACGCCGCCGAAAGUAAACUUAAUCGUGAGGGAAAAGAAGUGAAACUGAUUUAGUUUUUUAAAAAUGUUUUUUAAGAAUUAAUUUUUUUUUAAGAAAAAGCAGCGGGAUAGCCGCGUUCACCUUCAGACCAGACCAACAUGACGGAGCGGACCCCCCUCCUCCACUACCGGCUGUGCACCAGCGUGAAUGAGUCCGAGCCGCGGUCCCCCCCGGCCGGCCAGGCCCCGGAGCGGCGGCCCGGCAGCCCCCGGGCGAGGCCCGCCGGCCCGCAGCGGCAGCAGAAGAAGCUGUCGACGUUCUUCGGGGUGGUCAUCCCCACUCUGCUGUCCAUGUUCAGCGUGGUGGUGUUCCUCAGGAUCGGGUUCGUGGUGGGACAGUCUGGAUUGUAUCAAACGAUUGCCAUGUUCCUGGUUGCCUACUUCAUCAUCAGCAUGACCGUGCUCUCGGUCUGUGCUAUCUCAACCAACGGGGCUCUGGAUGCAGGGGGAGCCUAUUACAUGAUCAGCCGCGCUCUGGGUCCGGAGUUUGGUGGCAGCAUCGGCCUCAUGUUCUUCCUGGCUAAUGUGUGCGGCAGCGCCCUCUUUGUGCUGGGUCUGGUUGAAGCUGUAAUGGACACGUUUGGAGUCCCAGAAGACGGCACGGUGGCUGCAACUUCAUAUCAGGUUCUGCCAUCGGGUUACUGGUGGUCUUUGCUUUACGGCACUGGCAUCCUCCUGUUGUGCCUCCUGGUGUGUCUGGUUGGAGCCCAUAUCUAUGCCAAGGCCACCUUCCUCAUCUUCCUGAUUGUCAUGGUCGUUUUGGGAACCAUCCUUAUCAGCUUUUUUGCUGUGUCGCCUAAAACCAUUCUGCUACCAAGCUCCAGUUCUUCUGCUAAUGGGACCGGCCCUGGUUUCCCCACUACUGCCAAUUUUACCGGCUUCAAGUUGGACACUCUGGUUGGAAACCUGGAGGCGGACUACGUAAUAGAUUACACAACAAAGAAAAUGAUGACCUUUGCCACCGUCUUUGCUGUGAUGUUUAAUGGCUGCACUGGCAUCAUGGCAGGCUCCAAUAUGUCGGGCGACCUCAAAAAUCCCAGCUACUCCAUUCCUCGUGGUACCAUCACCGCAGUCAUCUUCACUUUCAUCAUCUACAACCUGCUGAGUGUUCUCGCGGCCUGCACCUGUGAUCGUGUCCUCCUUCAGAGAGAUUACAGCUUCAUGAGGGAUAUCAACAUCUGGCAUCCCUUUGUGAUUGUGGGGGUUUAUUCCUCAACACUCUCUGCUGCAAUGAGCAACCUCAUCGGAGCUUCACGCGUCCUCUACGCUCUGGCCAGAGAUGACCUGUUUGGUAAAGUUUUUUCUCCAGCCAAGAAAACGUCCCACAGUGGAAACCCCUGGGUGUCUGUUCUGAUCUCCUGGUUCUGCGUCCAGUUGGUGCUGUUUUCUGGAAAGCUCAACACCAUUGCCAGCAUCGUGACCAUUUUCUUCCUGCUGGUCUAUGCUGCUGUGGACCUGGCCUGCCUCGCUCUGGAAUGGGCAUCUGCUCCAAACUUCAGGCCCACUUUUCGUUACUUCACCUGGCACACGUGCGUGUUGGGCAUCAUUGGUUGUGUCGUCAUGAUGUUCCUAAUCAACGCCAUCUACGCCUCUGCCAGCAUCGCCUUCAUGCUUCUCCUGCUCCUGCUGAUUCACUAUCUCAGUCCCACCUCCAGCUGGGGAUACAUCAGCCAGGCUCUCAUUUUCCACCAGGUGCGCAAGUACCUCCUGAUGCUGGAUGUGAGGAAGGACCACGUCAAGUUUUGGAGGCCCCAGAUCCUUCUGAUGGUUUCCAACCCCCGCAGCAGUGUGGGCCUCAUCACCUUCAUAAAUGACAUCAAGAAAAGUGGUCUCUACGUUCUUGGGCACGUCCAGCUCGGAGACCUCAACACUUUACCAUCUGAUCCCCUUCAGUCCCAAUAUGACUCCUGGCUGUCUCUGGUGGACCAUCUGAACAUUAAAGCCUUCGUCAACCUCACACUGGCAGACUCUAUUCAUCAUGGUGUCCAGCAUCUCCUUUUUAUAUCAGGAUUGGGUGGAAUGCGACCGAAUACUCUGGUUUUGGGUUUCUAUGACAACUGUUCUCCAAACGACAGGCUGAACUAUCCUAUGUCCUCCAGUCAGUCCACCAACCCCUCCAGCCUUAGCCAGGAGCUUGAGGAGCCGCCCCUUUUCCACUUUGCCUCCUUGCGGGGGAGUGGUGACAAACAGGAUUCUGGUGAAUUUGAGGAUGGGAAAGUUCUCGGCCCUGAGGAGUACGUGGCCGUCAUCGCUGAUGCCAUGAAGAUGCUUAAGAAUGUAGUGCUAGCUCGAUACUUCAACAACUUUGACCGAUCCCAGGCGCUUUUACCAUCCUCCUCUUCCCCCGGAAAGGGCGGAGUGUUUGUUGAUGUCUGGCCGGUCAAUCUGCUGCGGCCCGACAGCAGCAGCUACGUUGACACUUGCUCCUUGUUCCUGUUGCAGCUAGCAUGCAUCCUCAACAUGGUGAGAGCUUGGCGCAAAGCUACACUCCGUCUUUUCUUGUGCGUGGAGGAGGGGAGAAGCGUCAAAGGCUCAGAGGAGAAACUUGGCCAGCUGCUGAAGGAUUUGAGGAUCAAAGCUCAGGUUUACCCAGUCCCCUGGGACCAGGUGGUGGCUCUUCACUGGCAGCGCCAAGGCGGGUGGAGCAGGAAGCAGCAGUCCACUGAUCCCUCCACAGACGAGAGCGCAGCCAGAGCCGAAGAAGACGAGAACCAAGACGAUUACGUCAACAGCUUUCCAAGUAACGCUACGCGUCUGUCGGACGACUACCUGUCAGCCGUCAACAAGCUGAUCCUGGAUCAGACCCGACAGCCCCCUGCUGUCCGAUUCCUGUACUUACCACGCCCCCCAGCUGACACCCGCGGCUACACUGCAUACUUGCAGCAGCUGGAUUUGCUUACUCAGGACUUGGGGCCCACGCUGCUCAUUCAUGGGGUCACACCUGUCAUAACUACAGACCUCUGAAGGAUUUCUCUGUGCUGGAGUUCAACCACCUCUCCAAAAGCUUUGACCUCAAUGUAUAUCUCUGUCUUUAACUUGUCAUUCUCAAUUUUCCGGAUUAUUUUUGAGGAUGAUCAGAAUGAGAUGAAUUCAACCAAAUCAGAUUUAAGUGAUUAUGUCUCUGAAUCAGAAGUGCCUUUAGUCCUUUGCUUCUAUGAACAAACACUAGGUGCUAUGGUGGGACUUGAUGGGUUUUAUUCCAAGAAUAAUUGUUUGGUGGGAUCUCAGGAUAACAUUUUCAUCAUCCAUGUGCACUUUUGUUUUCCUGCUAAAUGCAUGGAGUUUUCCAAGAAACAAUUUUAGUGUUUACAACAACAUGAACUACUGGAAUGACAUUUUAUUAAAUCAUUUUUGUAUUUUAUAGAAAGAUACUAACAAUGUUGCUCCAUAAGGCAAGACUUGAACACUGUGGAAGGUAUUUAUUGAAAGCAGUGACAUUCAAACAAAUGGCCUCUCAGGAGGAGGUUUAUUGGAUGUUAGCAACAGCACCGAUGUUAGCUGACUUUUCUCUUAUUUUUAGUAUGCUUGGGGCAUACACUUUUUAUGAAACCUAAUCCAUUCGUUUUAUUUUGACAAUCAAACACUCUAAGGUAAAAUGUGUGGGUAGAGGUUCUGAGUUUUAACUCAGAUUUGAGGAGAAGAUGGAGCUCCAUCUUAAAUUUGGUCCUUUGUUUUUGAUGAUUUCUUGUUUUUUACACUACACUCCCACUUUGACUACAAUACUCCACAUCAUACUCCACAUCAUUUCCUGCAUUUCUGCUAAAAGAAAGUUGCAGGCUACAGUUUAUAGAAGAAAUGAAACAUUCCGACUUUGAAUUACUGUCAAAAUCUGAACAAUAUCCAAUAAAAUGUCUAAGAUUUAAAGUGACUGAGAGAGAAAAAAAAA